AUGGCUUCCCAGACCGCUGUUGCUGCCCGUGGUGCUUAUAGGCAAAUCCUCCGUGCUACCCGCGUCGCUUUCCAAAAUGACUUCCGUGUUUUGAUCGCUGCUCGUCAAGAAGCCCGUCAACAGUUCGACAAGCAUCGUCGGGAAGGCAUCGAUACUCCUAUGCAGAUCAACCAUGCGAAAGAGGUAGCCGAUAUUCUAAGACACAACAUUGUACAGGGUGUCAGGGACGGCAGCGAUGAGGCCUCCAAAUGGGAACUCCGCAUCCACGACGAUAUCGAGCGAGGAGACAACGAUUCGAUCAAGAUUGGGGGGAAGAAUGUCAAGAUUGAGAAAGCCUGCUCUGCAUGA